UUCCCAUUAGGAGUGCCACUCCGAAAGUGCGCCAAAGCAUGUGCCUUACCUUUAUCCUCUCCUCUCCCAUCGCCACCGUUGCUCCGCCGUCCUCCGCCGUCCCCAGCCGUGCUUAACACUGUUUCCUCACAGAUCUAUCCAAUUCGUAUAAUUCAUUUAAAAAAUUCAACAUGAAACCCUCUUGAUCAGUAGGUGAGUAAUUAUGAGAAAUUGACAAUUAGGGAUCUGUAAACCCUAGAUGGCUGAUAACAUGAACGAGGAUAUGAUUAUGGAUCUAGAUUUGAACCAAGAGCCUGUAGUAGACAUACCACCACCUCCACCUUUUGGUUAUGGACCUUUGUUAACCAAUCUAGAGACCACACACGGUCGAAUCGAAGACCGGAUUCGGCAGCUUGAAGCGGUUAGCGCUAGGGCUCGACAACGCCAGCGCUGGCGACAGGCAAGGAAUAAUCCGGAGUUGAGUUACAUGACUGUCAUUGGACCAGGUGUUGGUGCAGGAAACAUUAAUAAUGAUAGAAUUCGUGUCGGAGAUGGUGAUGCUGACGGUGGCGAUGAGAGAGGGAGGAACAGUAAGAGAGAUGUUAGCCAGCUGGCGAAAGCGUUGGAGAUGGAUUUGGAUUCGAAGAAGAGUGAUAAUGAACAAGGUGGUGGUGAUGAGGAUGAUGACGGUAGUGGUGGUUUCUUCGAUUGUAAUAUUUGUUUGGAGAUGGCUAGGGAUCCGGUUUUGACAUGCUGCGGUCACUUGUUUUGUUGGUGUUGUUUUUAUCAGUUGUCGUAUGUGGAUUCGAGUGCGAAAGAAUGUCCUGUUUGUAAGGGGGAAGUGACAGAUUCGAGUAUCACACCGAUUUAUGGGAAUGGUAGGAAUCAGCCUGUUUUGAAGUUGGAGAACGGUGUUAAGAUACCUCCAAGACCGCAAGCCCGACGAGUGGAAAGUGUUAGGCAGCAAAGGGUUGUUAGAGGGAUUUCGCAUAUUCCGGUAGCAGAAGCGCUUAGAAGGAUUAGAAUUGGAAUCGGGUCGAUUGGGGAAAACAAUCUUCAAGGAGUUAACAGUGUGCUUCCCAGUUCGGAAACCAAUCCAUCAUUGUUACAUGGUUCAGAAGCUGGUGGCAGUCGCCGCCACCGCUCCCGCCAGUUCUCUAGGGUGAUAUCCGAAAGUGCUGCUUCGCUUUCUUCCAUUUCGUCUGCAUUGAACAAUGCAGAACGGUUGGUUGAGGAUCUUGAAACUUACAUCAGUGACAGCCUUCUGAGGAGGACGGAUGCACAGAUUCUACCAAGUAAUCAAGAAAUGGAUACUUUAUACGGUGAAACGGUUGAAAUUCAACCGGAACCUCAGCACGCGGAGAUGAGUCCAUCUUUACCGCUUUCUACUUCUUCGCAAAGAUCUGUUGCGACUACCGUUGUACAAGUGGAUAACUUAUCAACCGAUAGUGCUGUAGAGAUUGAUCUUACUAUAUCACAAUCACACCCGUCUCCUAAUACUAGAAGAGCUAACGUUUCACGCGCUUUGAGUUUAUUAGAAGGUGGAACAUCUCGCGAACUCAGGAGGAGACGUGUGAGGUGAUGUUUAUGUUCUUUAGUGCGUAUGACCUGUUACCUGAUAUUUAAAUUUAGUCAUGUUUUCGUCGUCACAUUGAUUUUUCAUAGCAAGCAUGUUUUAGAUGUUGGGUGUUAUAUUUCUUCUUUCAUAGUCUGUCAUUGAACACAUCAUAUGUUGUAACAUGUUUAACAUUUGUUGCUUAUACAAAGUGCCUGUGUCAACUGUCAUAA